GCAGUCGCUCACUCCGGGUCCCUGUAAAGAUGUCUGAGCAGGCGGGGAGGGAGCGGAGCGGAGGACUCGAAACAAACGGACAAAACCCACGACUCUCCGCAACUUAACCGGUCAAGGUAAGGGCAGACGGCCCCGUACAGCCGCACUGAGGGUACCGACGUGCGGCGGAAAAUUUCAGUCUUCAGAAAAACCGGAGUAACGGCACGCAAAGUGGCUGAGUUUGUAAUAAAAGGCAGAAUUACUGUGCAGGGCGCGCAGCGCUGUGGCAGGGGCGUGUCCGCCAUCUUGUCUGAGAAGUGGCGCCUAAACAGCAGCUGUCGCUCUGUGAGCUUUCAGAGCCGAACGCGCUAAAUGGUGCGAUCUAACGGUGUUUUAAGACGGGUCGAUUCGAUUUUUAUGGAUUUCAGUCACUCUAGGCUAGAUUGGUCUCGCUCUGGAUGGGUACAGUGAGCCGCUGUGUCCACGUCUUCUGCUCGAGCUCAGGAGGAGCAGCCGCAGCUUUUUGUUGUCCUCCCCCCUUACCUCCCCCUGCUCUUCUCCUCCUCCGUGUUUGUUUGGAAAGCCUGUCAGGCGCAUGCGUGUAACCAUAGCGCUCGUUUCUGCGUAUGUCAAAGAAAAAGUAGAAAUGACUAAUUGUAACCACAUAUCGCUUUCUUCUCAUUUGUCAAACACAUACACAGAGCCUUGUUGCCAAUUUGUCAGUUUUAUGACACCAGAACUCAUACAUCGGUCUAUUUGCCGCCAUCUGCCUUCAAACCGCCACAUUCAGACGGUCUGUUACGAGCAGAUCGGCCCGGACCUCCGUGUUGUCACCGAGCUGAUAGAAAAACAGUUUAUGUUUUCAGUCUCCUUCGACUGGACGGGCUGAACAGUCUGUAUGAAUAAAGGCUGCGUUUAUCGAUCAUGUUUAAGCGACAGUUUUACUGUUGGGCUGCCUCAAUCUCAGUCAUGAUUGACUCGGCUGCUCAUAGUAUUAUGGUUUGUUUCACAUAAUGUCACCAAAAUAGCGAAACGCGUCGGUCACUCAGGUCACCGAAAAAGAAACAGAAAAUAACCCUGGAAAACUGAAACAAGAUAAUAUUUGUAUUUUUAUCAACUGCUCUUUUGAUUUCCUCUCAAUAAACACACAGAUAAGACUGUUCGGGUUGUAGCUCAGUUUUUCCAGGACCGUAACGACUUAAUAAUCAUGCUGUACAGAUAAACGUGUUUAAGUCCAUCAGUGAACAAAACAACUACUUAAAUUAAAUGUUGUAUUGAGGUUAUAACAACUCACUCAACUUCUGAUUUACAAAAUACCUAUUUAACCCUCGGUGUUGCUGAAGAAAGUCUGUUUGAUCUCCUGUCAAGCACAAUCAAGUGAUUAUUUCUACCUUUUGUGAUGAGUGCCUGAUAGUUUUAUCUGUAGUCUGAAAACCAUGCUAGUUACAUGCAAGGUAUUGUAGAUCUCAGACUGCAUCUGUAAUUGUAUUGGCUGAUGAAUCUUCGGAAAAAUAAUACAAUUCUGGUUAUUUUAUAUCUCAUUCACUUAUUCUAUACAGUUACAAACAGCUCAAAAUAGUAAAAAUGUUUAUUGUUAAGUAUUAAACUUAUUGGAAAAUAGAUCAAUUUGUUUGAAGAAAAAGAUAUUGAUGAUCAAACAUUCUUACUCCAAUGUCAUUAUCUAUGAUUUCUUGUUUUUUAUAUUAGCAAACUUGACUUUAAAAAGGGCCAUUACAAAUUAAUAAGCAGGGUCUUUGGAAAAACAGUAACAUACUUUUGAGGUCCUAAGUGUAAUGGCAAGUCAAACAUCUAAGUUGUGACUUUAUUGAUCGGCAUAACUUUGAAAAAAGACUGAAAAUAUCAACUCAAGAGGGUUUAAAUAAGUGUCUUCAAAGUCUGCCUUCAUCAAACUGGACAAACCACCCCAUCUUGUGAUCAGGGGUGUCAUGAACUGACAGCGUUUAACCUUUGCACAUUAACUAUGUUAGCUGAGUCCUCUUUUAAAAUGUAUUUAUCUGUGGUAAUUUUUGUGUCAUAUAGGGCUGCAAUUAAACAUGGGAUUAUAUUGAAGUUUUUUCCCCCCAUUUUUCGUUUUAUUUUUUAACUUACUCGGGUCAUAAUCACAUGGAAUGAAGCACAAACAGAAUAUAUAUUACAGAUAACAUAAUAAAGUGUAUGGUGUAGCUGUAGUACAACAAAUAUAUCUGUAGCAACCGAAGGACAUUCCUUAACAAAGAGACCCAAUUUAUGAACGACUAAAUGCCUAUCUGAUUUCAGGAACAAACUGAAUAUAUACACAGUCUAAUUGAUAGUCAGGGAGAUACAUUUCUCUCUAGCCCAUAAUGCUCACAUUGUUACAUUCAAACAAAAUAUGGAACUCAACACCCAUACAAUUUUAUCAGCGAGGUUACACAUCCUCUGGUGUCUGUCCAGUCCUUAAAUACCACCAGGUGACCUCAGGGAUCCUGCUGUUUGUUCACGCUUAGAUUACAGACUGCCUCUCUAUACUUUUUGUUCUUGUUUAUCAAAUAUUUUUCCAGUUUUAACAAAUUAUUAAAUUCUACAUAAAAAAGUCACAUAAUGUCAAAUUUCUACAUUCACUUUGGCAUUUUUUGCAUGAAUUGAUCUUUAAAAUAAGCCACUCAGCGCAGUUACACUGUUGUGAUCCAAGGGUAGGGCAGGGAAAACUGACAUUUGUCUAACCAGUUCUUUUAGAUGAUCAUAAAAUGUGUCCUAACUGCGAUUGGUAUGCUAAUUUAUUGAUACAUUUGGUGGAAAUUAUGGGACACACGUGCUCUGAGACAAAGAUGAGAGGUUGUUUUGUUAUCCUAGCUCUACUUGAGCCAGGAAACUAUGUUCAUUUUUAAGUUCCAUUUUGUUGUAGCUCCCUUUUAUAGACAUAUUCAUAUGAAACACCAAUGAGAUGUAACGAUGUUAGUGAUUUUGUGAGGAUUCCAGUGACAGAGACAGACCCAUGAUUAAAUGGCCGCCUGUUGGGACUCAGCCCAGAUGUAGGUCCCAGAUGUGCUUGGUUGGUCAGAUUUUACAAAAUGCAGAUCAACAGCAUGGUCUUAUGCAUGCUUCCCCACCAGCCUUCGGUACUUUUACAGUCAAUAUGAGGAUAAGAGUGUGAUGUGAUGUUUGACUUCUCUCGUUCACGGUUAUAUAUUUGAAAAAAAAAACCUGUCCAAACAGUUUUGUGUCUUUGAAAAUGUUCACUAAUUUUAUGUCAAAAGUACUAAUGUAUCUUCCUGUGCAGGCAGGUCGAUGUCAUUCUGACGCGCAGGUGAGAUGUCCAACGACAGCCAGGGAUCGGUGAAGGGGGAGGCGGCUGUUAUGCCUUCUCCCUCAGUGCCUGCCUCCUCCCAGGGACCCCCUCUUUCUCCGUCCACCACAUCCAAACCACCUGAGCUCCCAGGUACACCUGUCUGUCUCUCACCUGUCUCUGUUCUUUCUUUCUGACUUAGUCCAGAUCUGUCUGUCUCUCUUACCUGUCUGCCUCUUUCACCUGUCUGUCUCGCAGAUGAACUGGUCCAGGCAGGAUGGUCUAAGUGCUGGUCACGGAGAGAGAAUCGACCAUAUUAUUUCAACAGAUUCACCAAUCAGAGUCUGUGGGAGGUGCCAGUGCUGGGUCAACAUGAUGUCAUUGUAAGUACCCUCACUAUUUCCUUUUAUCAAACUCCUGACUCAGAACUUCAUCAAAAAACUUUGUGUUUACAUCUUCAGGUAUAGUGUGAAAAUGUAUACAGUCAGCUGUUAUCUAAAAGAGACCUGUUUGUUUUUUAACACUCACAUCUAAUAUUAAAAUUUUAAGUGUCCAUACAAAGUCUUGGAAAAAAUUUCAAAACAUGAUAAACUUGAAGGAUGGUAAAGUUCCCCUAUAUUUCUGGCUUCCCUGAAGGGUUUGUUUUGAAAACUUUGCAAGGCCUGCUCUAAAAUCCAUCUGUUGGUCUAGAUUUGAGUCUCAGCAGCUACUGAUACCUGGAGCUGCUCAUCUAUAAAGAUCCGCAUGAAGCUCAAAAACACAACCCAGGAGAUUUAAUGGCAAACAUAAAAUGGGGAGAAAAAGGUCAUCCUGUUGCGUGAAUGGUGACGUCUAACACAUGCUGCGGGACUUUUCAAAGCGCCGUUCAUUCAGAAUGCUGUUAAUUCUGCAGUUAACUCUGCAAAGUCGGCAGAAAUCGUUUAUAUCUGAUGUCUUCUGCGGAUAUAAACGAUUUCUGCCGACUUUGCAAAGUCAACUGCAGAAUUAACGGCGUUCUGAAUGAACGGCGCUUUGAAAAGUCCCGCAGCAUGUGUUAGACGUCACCAUCUACAUAUGGACCAAUCAGGGGCUGCCUUUCCCUGUUGUCCGGGGAACAGUGGAAACACAGUCACUGAUUGGCCCGGUUAUUUUCUGAUCGCUAAUACACGCUCCCAAUGGGCUGAAGUCCAGACUGUUGGGAUGGGCCAGCCAGGCUAAGAAAAAGGCACAACAUUGGGGUUGUGUCAUGACUGCAAAGCAAAAGUUGAUAGAGAGGUUACACACUCCCCAAAAGUUUGUGGGCUGCAAGUCAUGCAAAGACUGACAUUAUUAAAAGUGAAAGUGAUUAUGACAUGUCUCAUUUUUUGAGAUGAGACCCAGAACUUAACUGUUUUUUUCUGUUUUUUAAGUCUGAUCCUUUAGGCCUGAAUGCGGCUCCAGCAGAAGGCGGAGACAGUAACCUUGGUAAUGGUCAGAGGAAGAGGAGGAUCUCUGAAGAACAGGGGGCAGGGCCAAACAGCUUGAAACGAGCAAAGGUAAAACACGUUGAUGUUGUGAAUCAAGCGCACAACAAGAUUAGCAUUUCAGAGUUGACUUGAUAAACUGGCGACUUGGGUCCUGCAGAUUGUGGUGAACUGCUCUGAUCUGGUAAUGGUUUUCUUUGUGUUUGAUGUUCCCAGGUUGAGCCUACUACACCCAUCUCUCCUAGCACACCUGGAGUCAAACCGUGGAACUCUGCCCCUGAGGAAAAACAGGCUCAACCAGCAGUGCCCACCACCCCAACUCCAGCCCCUGCUCCCUACAGACCAGCUGUGUGAGUGCUGAGACCAAAUCAUAUCAGCAUCUGCAGCUUCUCUUUUGAUUGCUGGAUAAUGGACCUGCCUGGAGGUCGUUCAAGUUGUGUAUUGUUUUUGUCGUUUUUAGUAUUUACUGGGAUUUAGAUGUGCAGACCAACGCUGUAAUCAGAGAGCACGCUCCGGCAAAUCACCUGCCCCCCCACCCUGAGAUCGAACUUCAGAGAGCUCAGCUGGUCACCAAACUUAGGCAACACUACCAUGAACUGUGCCACCAGAGAGAAGGUACGUUGAAGGGAUUAGUAUUACAGUGAUUUUCAGUCAUAAUGAAGUUGGUCUGCAUGAAAUGGAUGUGGACUGGGCUUAGAGUCUGAUCUGUUUUUAAAUGUCAUUAAAAACAGCAAUUCUGACAUCUCUCUCUUUCUAGAUUGGGCCUAGUCAGUACAGUCUUGUUCUGCUGAUUGUAGCUCUGAUAUAUUUUUCAACAAGGCAGCACAACUGGACAAAACAUCUAUUAAUGAUGCCAAGUCAAGCUGUCUCACACUACAUAUCAAUCUACACUUUCUGAAUGAUUUAAAACUUUGUCAGACUCAUGUUCAGACCUCAGAUCAUUAAGAAAACAUUAAGAGUUCAAGUAAAUGAAGAAACAUGAAGUGAAGAGGGAAUUUGGGUCUAUGACAUGUGACUUAUUGUAGUUUUUACAAUGAUUUGUAGGCACCAGUUUUCUAUGACAAGAAGGUUAAGUUGUAAACAUAUUUUCAGACAAGAUGAUUUAACAUAGUGAGGUAUUCCUUUUUCCUACUGAGUAUGUAACCACCAGGAUAGAUACUUCUCUUUCAAGAUUACAGUGAAACUGACCGAGAAAGUUUGACCAGAAUUUUCAGAGAAAAAUUAAGACAAACUAAUUUAAAACUUCUUGGUCUUGGAGGUCAGACACAUGUCGGUCACUUGACUAUCGAAAGAUCUGAAAUGUGUUGAUAAUGUCCGAUAGACGUCCAGGUGCUGCAUGUGUCUUAGAUAAGUUUGUGACUGUUUCUGUUUGUCUUCCUGUGUUGGGUUCAGGUAUCGAUCCACCACGAGAGUCUUUCAACCGCUGGCUGCUAGAGAGGAAAGUGAUUGACAAAGGUCAUGAUCCCUUGCUGCCGAGCGACUGUGAACCUGUAAUCUCCCCGUCCAUGUUCAGAGAGAUCAUGAAUGACAUUCCCAUCAGGUUUGUGACUAUUCCUGGAAAUUAAAUUCAAAACUUUCAUAGUGUGUUAAUCAAAAUGUGUCAACUUAACAUUGAAUUUGAUGUUAUAAAAGAGGGUAAGGCUUCAUUGUUUGUUUUAUGUGUUGAUGAUGUGUUUAUAUCUGUGUGCGUGUGUCUUAGGUUGUCACGUAUCAAGUACAAAGAAGAGGCCCGGAAGCUUCUGUUUAAAUACGCUGAAGCAGCCAAGAAGAUGAUCGACUCCAGGUGAGUGAGAAACAAAUGAUUUAGAGUUUUAUCCUGUCACAGUCAUUAUCAUCAGGUGGUGACAAAGUUGUGUUGUCAAAGCCCUGAUGUUUGACCUCUGACGUGUAGAAACGCAAGUCCAGAGAGCAGGAAGGUGGUGAAGUGGAACGCUGAGGACACCAUGAGCUGGCUGCGUCGGGAUCAUUCUGCCAGCAAAGAGGACUACAUGGUAACCUUUGACCUUUAACCUCCUCUUGUAUGUUUGUUGUUUGCAUUCUCCUUGGCAUGUUCAAUAUGUCUAUCUAUGGAGGACCACUGUAAUGUCAACAUGUUGUGCUAUAGUACGCUGUUAUGCAGCCACAGGCAAUGAGAAGAGCAGGAGGACCUUCUAGUCUGAUUAUAAAUGAUAUAAUUAUGAUCCUAACAUCAAUCAGAAUAAUGUGAUUUGUUAUUUUGGCCUUAAUCGACCAGCCCUACUGUAGAUAAUGUGAGGCUGGGUCUUAACAACCUCAUGGCACAGUAUGACACCUAUCGGAAAUGGUUAUGAUACUUAUUAUUAUUAAACAAUAUAUUUAUUGAACUUUCACACAUACAAGUAUACAAAAAAAGCCAUCAAAAACAUGGACAGUUGGACAAUGAAAAUGCGUAGUCGUCUCUAUAAAAAGAACAUACUUCGAGUUGUUUAGACAACUAUCAAUAACAACAUAAGUAAAUAGAAAGUAAAAGAUAAAAAAAGGACAGGGUGACAUGAGACAAAACAGAAAUAAAUAAAAAAAUAAAAUACACAUAUACUCUGCACAUCACAUUAGCGUCAGCGCCCCAACAUCCAAGAAAGUCCAAUAGGGGUCUCCAAAUCUUUUCAAAUUCACUUGCUUUCCCUCUGAUGAUAUAUGUUAAUCUCUCUAGUACAUCACAGGUAGCCAUCUCUUUCACCCAAACAUUUAUCGAAGGUACAUCCAUUUUCUUCCAAGAUAAGGCGAUUAUUCUCCUGGCCUGCAGGAGUCCAAAGUUAAUUAAAGUAAUCUGCCUUGAGUUAACAAUAAAAUCAUUUGGAUAUACACCUAGUAUACACAAUUUUGCUUAGAGCACUUGGGUUAUGAUACUUAUUGCAAUGUUUUCCUAUAUUCUACAGCCCUCAUUCAAAAAAAAAGUUGUGAGGCUAUGUAAAAUUUGAAUUCAAACUUAUUUUAAUGCUUUUUAGAACAUUCAAUUAAGUUCACAGUUCAUCUCUACCUCCACAAAUGCAGGUUAAAGCUCAACCCUGCUAAGAGGAGACCACAUCUAAGCGUGAUCCAGAAAUGCUGAUUACUCUGUGCUCUCUGUCAGUCUGCAUCACACUAGUAUAACUUGUUCAUCCCGGCGGGACAAUUGAAAAAAGUAUCAAAAACUUCUCUAAUUGGUGGAAAACCCUGUGUCAUAGUUGUCACAUUUUACCAACAUGUUCAAUGUCUUUAUGUGUAGGACCGUUUGGAACACCUCAGGCAGCAGUGUGGUCCUCAUGUCACCGCCGUUGCCAAAGACUCUGUGGAGGGAAUCUGCUCAAAGAUUUACCAGCUCUCGGCAGAGUACAGCCGCCGCCUCAGGCAGACACACCUGAGUCUGCUGCAGGACCCCCCAACAGGUUGAUACACCUGAUCCUUCUCCAGACCCUCUUGGGCUUUCAUCUGUCUGUUGCAUAUUGCAAACGUGUGUUUUUGUGUGUGUGUGGUUUCAGAGGCAAGUGCGUCCCCCCAGCAGUCCAGGUUGGUCUACUGUUACCCUGUGCGUCUGGCGAUCCCCUCGCCGCCCCUGCCUCGAGUCGAGCUGCACUUUGAGAACGACGUGGCCUGUCUGCGUUUCAGAGGGGAGAUGGUCAAAGUCAACAGAGGUCACUUCAGCAAACUGGUCAGUAUUGGAGACGGGGAGGGCCAGGGGUGGAAGGGAAAACGGGUUCACUCUAGUAUUUGUCUGUCAUUUUUAGAGUAUCAAAUUAUCUUGAUAACAAAGUUGAUGCAGAAAAAACAGUUCCUGGUGCACAUUUGUAAAAUAUAAAAAUGCAAGACUGGUCAGGUUUGUCCACAAAAGCAGAGGGACAGCAGAUUUAAACUUUUUUAAGAUGAUCUAGCCUGUCUCUGUUUGUGUCUCACUGUCUCGCUCUAUGUCUUUGCAUGUGUGCAGGAGCUGCUCUACAGAUACAGCUGCAUAGACGAUCCUCGCUUUGAGAAGUUCCUGUCCAGAGUCUGGUGCCUCCUCAAGAGAUACCAGGUUAGCUUUCUCUUUGUGAACCAGUCAGUGCUCACCUGACCUCACCUAGUAAUCUGUGUCCAGUGAUGACUGAAUGGACGACUGUCUGUGUGUGUCCAGGUGAUGUUCGGCAGCGGUGCUAACGAGGGGACGGGUCUGCAGGGGGCGCUGCCUGUGCCUGUGUUCGAAGCGUUGAACCGACAGUUUGGAGUUUCCUUUGAGUGCUUCGCCUCGCCUCUCAACUGCUACUUCAAACAGUUUAGCUCCGCCUUCCCCGACAUUGACUGCUUCUUUGGAUCCAGAGGGUGAGAGUGAUGUUAAACACGUCCAUAACUCUCAGGCAGCACCAUACAACUGUGGAGUAUUAAAUUGAAAUUAAUAACUCAGUGUGCACUGCAAUGAUAGGGUCAUUUUAAAACAGAUAACUCAGCAUAGAGUAUCACACUGGAGGAAUUCAAUUAUACCUUUGCUUGAGUAGUAUUAUUACAGAAGAAUACCUUGACAUGAUUAUCAACACAGUGUGCAGAGUUAGUGUUGUUGAAAUUGUUCAUUUUAUGCCAGUUUUUUUUUUUUUCAUCACAGAGUGCAGUAUUAGUGUAUUACUAAAACAGAUUUUUUGUUUUCAGGCCGUUCCUGUCUUUCUCUCCGGUCAGCGGUUCAUUUGAAGCCAACCCUCCUUUCUGUGAAGAGCUAAUGGACGCCAUGGUGACGCACUUUGAGGUCAGUCCAGUGCAUUGUGUUUCUACUCAAUCUUUACAAGAUUGUUCCUUGUUUUAACCAGUCUACGCCAAUAUGUAGUAUCUAGUGACUGCCAACCCUCAUCACCGAACAAUUCAGACUCUUGAAGUGCUUGAAACAGCGACAUGGAGAGCCAAGUGGGCACUGAAAGCUGGCCUAAGAUGUUUCCUUUAAAGUCAUGAACAAUGGGCCCUUUAUUGACGACAAAACUAUGAAAUAUGCAACUUUAUGUUUUAGCUGCUUCCCCACUGAUAAGAACUUUGACACAGCAUGUGGUUGUUACUUUUUGCACAGCUUUGGAGUCUUGAAACAACCUGGAAGUUACAUGUUUGAGGCUUGCUGUCAGUAUCUACUUGGAGCUCCAUUGAGCUACUUUGGCAUAUAUUGGCUAUUAUUCUUGUAAUGUUUUUUCCAGCUUAUGUCUCUAAGCUUGGUGAAGGUCAUUGUUGAUACACAGCUCCAGGUGUCAGAAACAGAUGAAACUCAAAUCCAGCUCUUAUUGUCCUUUGUUAACUAAGGAGUUAUCAUUGAGGUGGAGAUCACAAUCAGCUAGCAUGUUGUCACAAAAACAUAAAAACUUCACACACUAAGUUUACUCUUCAUAAUAAAAGAAUUGAUUUAUUGCAUUGAUCCGACUGACUUAAAAAAAAAAGUGAAUUAGUCGUACUAAAAUCCCACUAAAUCAAACUUGACCAAAAGUGAAAAAACCACAAGGCUGCCCAAUAGUAAAACAAAACUAAACAAAAAAAAGUGUAGCAGAAAAUAGUGGACGUGUUUUCAUCGUAUAAUGUCUAUGUAGUGUCUCGUUCAUGCAUUUUGUCAGAGAAAAUAGUUGUGACUUUUAGUGAAAUGAAAGUUUUAAAACACAAACUUGUGGCUCAGGGAACCUAAAAAACACAGCCUGUGAUUACACCCGCAUCUGUGUAUUUCAUGUUAUGGAUCUUUGCCACAGUUUACUAUGGACAUCCAAACCUGGAACAUUGUAUAUGUGUAUUAAAGUGUGAAGAGGCAUAAUAUGCCUGAGUGUAACCCCAGAACUUAAAAAAACCAUUGUGAAAAGGUUUUUAAGAGAAUCCCUGUCAUAACCAGGUCUGAAAUGUACCAACAUUGACAUCAUUGGCAAAAUGGAAAGAGUCAAAAGUCAGGCUGUGUCAGGUCUGUACUUGUAUUUUGAACUCCCACUGAACCUCAUAAACAAAGACAAUAACUCUCUGGGAUGUGGACUCCUCUGCACAGAUCUGCACUAUAUGAAGAUAUCGCCAUAAUCAUCUGUCUGUGUUUCUCAGGAGCUUUUAGAGAAGUCCUCAGAGCCACUGUCCUUCAUCGUCUUCGUCCCUGAGUGGCGUGACCCCCCAACCCCAGCCCUGACCCGCAUGGAAGGAAGCAAAUUCCUUCGACACCAAAUGAGCGUCCCAGCAUACGAACAUGAGUAUCGCUCUGGGAGCCAACACAUCUGCAAGAGGUACUGACACUGAGAGGUCUCCUAUGAUUGACACAUGGAGUGACAAAACAGUCCUACAUCAUCACCCUGUCUGUCUGUGUUUGUGUCUGUCUUUCUGUCUGUCUGUGUUUCAGAGAGGAGAUGUACUACAGGGCCGUUCAUGGUACUGCAGUACUCUUCCUGCAGAAUGACGCCGGCUUUGCAAAGUGGGGUCCAACUCCGGAGCGUUUGGCAGAGCUGAUGGCCGCAUAUCGCCCCUCACCGUCCCGCCCAUCCUCCAUGUCCUCUCCUGGUCCAGCCCAUACUACCCCUGGAGACAGAGACUCCACCCCCAAGGCCUCUGACAGGACACCAAGUGGAGUGAUCUCACCUGGUGUCCAUGACAACAAUAACAACAACAAUGGCAACAAUAACACCAACAGCAGUAGCAGCAGCAGCAGCAGCAGCAGUAGCAACAGUCCUCUAGAGAAGAUGGCUGCUGUGUAGUGGGGCGGGGCUUAAACUGAAACCACACCCCUUAACCUGUCAGAACAUUGUGUGUCUCUGUUUUACAGCAUUAGUUUGUUCUGAUUGUCGUCUUGUCUGUCCAAAAUGUCCCUCACCAGCACCUGUAGCACACCCCAGCUUCUGUCUGCAUACAUACCUACAGCACCGUUCUGCCAUCAAGAGGUCCUCUAAAAACCCGAUUUCAUCAUUUGUGUGGUCUGCUAUUCCCGUUGACCCUAUGUCCACCCUCACAUCAGCUCUUCUGAUGGGUUAAUGCUCUGGCAUCACAGCAACUGGAGCUUGGGUUUCACCUGCAGCUGAUCCAACUCCAGGUGUGGCUCCUGUUGCUUAGCAACAAGCAAGACGGUCGGAAACUUAAUGAAGCAAAUCAGCAAGCAACAAAAAGUUGGCGCUCCAGCAAUAAAAACCUCUCAAUUCACCUGUGAUGUCAUCUGUGACAUCACUAGUCCUCUGGGUCACUGGAGGGCUUCUGAUUGGUCCCCAUACCGACAGGGCCUGGUGAUUGGUUGAUAUGGCAGCUAUUGUUUCUAUUGGACUCGUUGUUCUUUGUUGCGCUGGACAGAAGUUAAUGGCAUCCCUCCGAAGGCCUGCCUCCUUAGGAUACUGCGGUCAAUCAGUGAGGAUCAACCUCAUCAGUAUGUGAUGGAUUGUGGGAAACUGAAGCUUUGGCCAGCAGCAGCAGCAGGAGGAGGAGGAGCCUUUACAGUAAAUUCAGAUAGACUGAAAAAAGAAGGCAAAGUCAAACCUGGGGCUCAGACUGGUCAGCGGGGACAGAUGCCUCAGAUGUCCAUUUAGACUCUGUUGUGUGAUCAUGAGACAGGAUUCUGAGGGAUACUACAUUGUUUUUAAGACAAGUAUGUGGCAGCAGGUAGAGCUAUUGGAUCCUUUAUGAAUGGCAGAGGUGUGAAGUGUGACACAUCUUCAGAGAGUGAGAUUGUUUCUGUGGGCCCUUGUGUUUAUUCUUUUUGCCAAUCUCUUUAAAUGUGUGAAACUGACAAAAUAGAGCCACACCUGCUAAUAUUAACAACAGGUCUGCUAAAAACUCAGAUGGUCUCUAGUUUUAGCUGAAAAUGAAUCAGACUUAAAUAAUACCCAUGUUUAAAGAUGAGAGAAGACCACGAGAGACCAGUCUGAUUAAUUCUUUAUGGUUAUUUUAUAUACCACUAAUACCUGUUGCAGGCUGGGUGUCAGAGGAGGCAUUUGGUAGCAUGUUGCAGAAACAACCAUUUUGAUCCUUUUCUCCACAAAGAUCAAAUACAUAUCAGAAAAAAUUAACAGGUAGUAAAUUAAUGUCAGAAAACAAUAUACAGUGGAAACUUUCCACUGUGGGAAUGGGUGUGAAAUUCAGCACAACCUUGAGGUUUCUCACUGAAGAUUUAUCUCAUGCUACUUUUAUGCAUAAUGAAUGAUAAUAGUUAGUUAAAAAAAUUUAAUUGUGACAUUAAAGUCAAAAUUCUGAUUUAUUUUUCUCCACAUCUUGAGUUUUUGGUCAAAUUCUUUUUUUUUCUUAGUACUGUGUUUAAAUUCCAAAUCUUUUUGAUUCAAAAUUGGAUUUUGAGAUUAAAUUCGGAAUUCAGAGAUUAAAGUCAGGUUUUGACUUUUUGACUAUAAAUUAUCUCAGAAGUCUUUUUUUGUGUUCAUUCAGUCUAAGUAAUAUUCUUCAAUCAUAUUCGUACACUUCUCUUAUAAUGUGAUUUUCUGCAGUAACCAACUUAAAAUGAGAUUAAAAAUGGAAAAGCUGCUGGAGAAGCUAGCAUCUUGACACACUUCUUAACUUGACUCCAGCUGCUAAUCUGCUGCUCUCUGAUUGGUUGAUAAGUCAUCCAAUCAGGCAUCUGUCUCCGCCUGACACCAGUUUCCGCCCCAGCAUGUAGAUACUGUACAGUUUAACUGAUAUGAAGUCUGUUGAUGUUAUUUUCCUCAUCUGCUGUUAAAUUGAUUGAAAAACAAAUGAAAUUGUUUUUUUUUAUUUGAUUUAAUUUAACAAUUUUUUUUUAAAGAUUGAGAUCUGUUCUCUGUAUUAUACAGCUUAUGAUAGUUUGUUUUAAACUAAACCAAAGUGUUAUUAAGAAAAUCUAUAUCUUGUAUGUAAAAGUAGAAGUGUGUAUGCAUCAGUAAUGCUGAAGUCUAACCAGCAGAAUACUCCUCCAUGAUAUUUUUAUAAUUUUCAGCUGAUUCUGUAUGUGACCUUUCUUUUUUUAUGUUUCUCUUUUUGUUAUUUGGGAUUUCUUUUGCAUGAAACCUUUUGGACUCUUGAUGAUGUUCUUGUUCCCUUCUCUUGAUGUUCUUGUUUUUAAAGCCAAGACUCCGGGCUGAGCAGUGUCACUUUGUCUCAUGAACGUAUACCAAUCUUUUAAAAACUGUUGAGUUGUGGUCAAACAUUUUCCCCCUGAUCUCGGCCUUAGUGCUAAGCCAUGCAAACGUAAGGUAGUUUUUCUCAAAUAUUUAUACUGUCCAAAAGUUUUACUUUCUGUAAACCACUUAAAGUUGACCAAAGAAAACCAAAUCAUAGACAUCUAUUAGAAUUAUGGGAUUCCUAUCUAACUAAAGCUUAAGUACUUAUAAAUAGUUGGUAUGAUCAAUACAUCCAUGCCUUUGCAAUUUUGCCUUAAAGUAAGGGCUUAUAUUGACAUUACAGUGUAGUUUUUUUGACACUUGUGUGUGAGGAACUGCUUUACAGUCAUCCAGCCCUAUCCAGUCUUUAGCUGGUCAUGAAACAGGGAAUCAAAACUGAUUCUUCUGUAAGAUUUUAAAAAAGCAAACAAGACCAUCAGUUAGACUGAUGCUGCUCUAUUGUUAAUAUUCAAUCGUGGUUUGGGGAAAAUGUCAGACUGCAGGAUUAACAGCUCGCUGUAGAAACAACAGUAUCUGAGGGGCAUGGGUGAGUCAACCCUUGUUUGUCUGCUCCAGAAUAACUCAUCAAGGAAGCAAAUAACUAAUAUUCUCAUUGAUUAAAUCUUAAAAUGUGAGCAUUGUGUUGGGUUCAAGUUGUUGAGCAGUCAGUGACCUCCACCUGGGCUGCAGCUCUGGUAAACAGCUGUCCUAACACUGCGAUGCUCUACUACCAGGAUGUAAAUAAGCACAGAUGACACAUUGUUUCUUGUAGUGUGGUGUGGUUUGGUAGUAUUUUGAUCAAGAAAAUGGAUUUUAAGAUGUAAGUAGGCUGUAUCUGGUGAAACUGGCAUAUAGUCAGUCACGACCAGUGCAAAGAGAGUGUUGAUCUGAAAGGGGAACUGAAGGCUGAUGGUGCUUGCUCUGCUAAUGUCGGCCACAUUUGGCGAAGUUUAACAUUUCCAACUACAUGGUUCUACUUCUUGACAUCCACAGUGUUUUUUACAUACUUUCUCUGACAAAGAUUCUCAAAGUGUUGAAUUCAGUUAAAAGAAAUUAGAUGUCAUUGUUAAGAAAAGGUGAGCAGAUGAAUUUUUCUUUGGGAAGUCACUAAUCAAAAGUUAAGACAAAGUUAUCUCUAGUUUUAAUUGAUGUAAUACUGGAACUUUUUUUUUUUAAGGAUGUUUUCACCUCGUUCUAAAAUACUUUUCUGUAAUAACAGGAUACAGAUGUAAACCUUUAAAGGAAAGUUCUUAUAAUUGUGAGAUAUGAAAUACCUAAAGGUUCACUCUUUAAAAAGUGGAUGCAGACAUGGACAAGGUCAAAUAUCCUUUUUUAUAUAUCAAUGUUACUAUCUAUAAGCCUUACAGGAAUGGUAACUUCUCAUAACUCAAACUGAUGUAACAACACCUCCAAUCUUUUGUUGUUGCUCAAUUUGAUGUAAACUUGUUUCUCUAUUUUUGUUCAAACUUGUGACUUUUCUGGUGUCCCUCAGAUUUAAAGUCAUACAAUCAGAAAAAAAUAUGUUUUUGUUGUAAAACUUUGUACAUAUGAGAAGGGGUUUUGGAAAGAAAAUGUGGCGACACUGCUCAGCAGCGAAGGUGGCCAUGUUUGUGUUAAGGUCCUCACAGCUGGAGAAUGUAAAUACAGUCUGUCCGUCAUCCUGCCUGCAGACAAACUGCAGCUUCACUCUCCCAGUAAAAAUAUAUCCAACCCACACAAA